AUGCCCUGGCGCAAGAAAAGCCGAAGUCACCAACCUUGCCCCAGACAGGUCGAUGACCUAAACCCCGUGCAGCCACCUCCUGAUGGCGGUUCGAUAGCCUGGACCCAAGUGUUUUGCAUGCAUUUUGUCUUCUUCAACUCCUGGGGCGUGAGCAACAGUUUCUCGGUGUUCCAGCAGCUGUACACGUCCACCCUGCCCCAGUCCUCGUCGGAAAUAGCUUGGAUAGGCAGCGUACAAGUAUCUCUCCUCUUUUUCCUGGGUGCUUUGGCCGGGCGUGCAACAGAUGCGGGAUAUUUUCGACUAGUCUACACCGUUGGCGCCUUUCUACAGGUUCUCGGGCUCUUCAUGCUCUCGCUUUGCAAGACAUAUUGGCAGAUCUUCCUUGCUCAGGCUGUAUGCAUGGGCCUAGGCAAUGGCCUUACUUUCAGUCCCGCUCUAUCUGUCAUGUCCUCCUACUUCUCCAGACACCGAGCAGUGGCCGUGGGCUUGGCUGCUGCGGGUGCUGCGACAGGAGGAUUGGUCUAUCCAGUCCUGAUCGACCGACUGCUCUAUAUCCAUCAAGUCGGGUUUGGUUGGACAGUUCGCGCAGCGGGCCUGGUAAUGCUCGUCACAGAGAUCCCAGGCCUAAUACUUCUCCGGCCUCGCUUUACCACCCGCGCGCCGACAGGCCCUCUAAUCGACUGGAGCGCGUUCAAAGAGCCCCCCUUUGUGUUUUUCGCCAUCAGCAUGUUUCUGAAUUUCUGGGGUCUCUAUUUCGCCUUCUUCUACCUCGGGAACUUUGCCCGGGACCGUCUUGGGGUGGAGAGUACGUUGGAAUUCAUCCUCAUUCUGAACGGCGUCGGUAUCGUCGGACGGGUGGUGCCGAGUCUGAUUGGAGAUCAAGUAACAGGGAAACUGAACAUCCUCAUCCCCAUCAGCCUAGCGUCUGCCAUUGUCAUAUACGCUUGGAUUGCAGUUACAGAUCCCAGCGGCCUGUACGCUUUCACGGUGGUUUACGGUCUCGUUGGCGGUGCGGCGCAGUCGUUAUUCCCUGCAACGGCUACCACCAUGACCCCGGAUGUCAGGAGAACAGGCACGAGGCUCGGCAUGAUUUUGAGUAUUGUUGGCUUCGCAACGUUGACGGGGCCUACGAUCGAGGGCGAGUUGAUCUCGCGCAUGGGCGGCAGCUAUACCGGUGCGCAAGCCUUUGCUGGAUCCUCUAUCUUAUUGGGAUGCUUCUUUGCCGUGGCGCCCCGAGUAGCCAAAUCUGGUUGGAAGCUGAAAGUGAAGGUUUAA